UGAUAGGUUUGCGUGGGCGAGUACCAGAGCAAGUCUAGGGGUAGGUGGUCUACCACAGCACCACAGUGGUGAGGCGGGUCUACAGUGGUCUCGCCAUACACAUCCUACGGGCAGAGCUGCAAGUCCGGAAGUGGGUGAUCGUGAUAUUUUUCCUACUCCCAGCUUCAUUCUUUUAUGAUAUUUAUUACUACACUCGGUCGUGGCUCGUCUUCAGACUCAGCUCUGCUCCCCGGCACCACGAGAGCCGGGUCAAGGAUGUACAGAGACAGGUGAGGGAAUGGCAUGCAAGUGGCCAGGAUGUCCCCAUGUGCACUGCUCGUCCGGGGUGGCAGACAAUAAGCUUCAGAGAGGGAGCCUACAAGAAAAAAUUCUACAAGGUUGCAAUAAACAUGGUAGACAUCUUGGAGAUUGAUAUAUGUAAAAUGACUGUUCGGUGUGAGCCACUUGUAACAAUGGGUCAACUUACUCGUGCCCUUAUUGAUGUGGGCUGGACUAUUCCCGUUGUUCCAGAGAUGGAUGAUCUAACUAUUGGUGGAUUGGUAAUGGGCACAGGCAUAGAGACAUCAUCACACAAGAUGGGACUGUUUCAACACACGUGUGUAGCAUAUGAAUUAGUUGUUGCAGAUGGCUCUGUUAUAAUUUGCUCAGAGAAUGAAAACAGAGACCUGUUCUACUCUGUUCCCUGGUCAUAUGGUACUCUUGGGUUUUUAACUGCAGUUGAAAUUAAAAUUAUUCCUGCUCAGAGGUUUGUCCGAGUGGAAUACAAGCCUUGCUAUUCCCUGGAUAGCCUUGUCAACACUUUCACAGAAGAGACAAGUAGAGUUGAUGGGAACCAGUUUGUGGAGGGAAUAAUGUACUCCUUGCACUCUGGGGUGGUCAUGACUGCCAACAUGUGUACUUCGGCCCCACUUGACCAGCUUAACAAAAUUGGGAGAUGGUUUAAACCAUGGUUCUUUAAGCACGUGGAGACUUUUUUGACCAAUCAUGAAGCUGCAGUGGAAUACAUUCCAAUUAGAGAUUACUACCAUCGUCACACAAGAUCUAUUUUUUGGGAAAUACAGGAUAUCAUACCGUUUGGCAACAAUGUGGUAUUCCGUUAUCUUCUCGGGUGGCUGGUGCCCCCUAAAGUAUCACUGCUUAAGCUGACUCAAGGACAAGCUAUUAAGGAGCUGUACGAGAAAAAUCACUUUAUCCAGGACAUGCUUGUUCCACUUGCUGAUUUGAAGGAAGCACUUGGUGUCUUUGAAAAGGAAGUUAAGAUACAUCCCAUGUGGUUAUGUCCGUUCAAAUUGCCUGCAAAUCCUGGUAUGCUUCAUCCCUUGAAUGGACAAGAGGCCUUAUUUGUUGAUAUUGGGACGUAUGGCACACCAAACGUUGAAGGCUUUGACCCAACUCAGACAACACGCAAAAUUGAGGAAUUUGUAAGAAAAGUUAAAGGCUUCCAAAUGAUGUAUGCAGAUUCAUACAUGACUCGGGAAGAAUACAGGGAGAUGUUUGACCACUCAUUGUAUGACAAAAUGAGGGAAAAAUUGAAUUGCCAAAAUGCUUUUCCUGAGGUGUAUGAUAAGGUAAACAGAAAGGCUCGUAUUUAAGUUUUUUGAAAUUUUCUUAGCAAAGUUUUAGGUCUCGUACAUUGGGGUAAUGUCUUCCACUGUUAUAUUUGCUGAUAGAUACUCGGCAUACAUGCUGUGAACAUUUCUGUAGAAAUGUAGUGUACGCAAUAAUAGCAAUGCACGCACAAACUCAAUUAGAGAUAUGUUUCAACUGCCAUGAUUAGCAGGAUAAGAGUUGAAUAUAAUGAAGCUACCUUGUUUGGCGAGGUCCGUGGUAGCUCCUAUAACCAAGUACUGAUACACCCAAACUUUGGGGAGAUGCAUUAGGCCUGGGCGCCUAAGGCUCAUCUUUGCCUGUUGGGAACCAGGGCCUCUUAAUAGUUGAGGAGAACUUAGGGAUCACAAGCAGCCCAAAAUGAAGAGAGAACAUCCACCAGAAAGCCUACGUACCCACAAGUAAUAAAGUAAGGUGAUGUAAUUAUCAGGGAAAAGAACUAAGCCAGUGUGACUAUAUAGCCACAAGUAUUAAGGCAAACUAUUUGUGUUGUCACACUUGUGCUUUCUGGUGGAGUUUUUUUGUUUUGGAUUGAUCUCUUUCCUUGUCCAGUAGUGCCAGAUUCUAGUUCUGGUUCCCAGUAGGCGAGGGUGGAACUUGUACGCAGGUACAUUUUCCUGUGGCACGACUGGACCCUGGCAACUAUUUUGAAAAGGGAUCCUCCCAGAUAGGUAAAGCAUUUUUUUGUUUAAGAAACAUUAACAAUUAGCAAAGCUUUCUUAUUUUAAUAAUAUUUAAACAUUAUAAUAACUGGCAGUGAAUGUUUAUUGUGUAUAUGGAAAGUUAAGAGAAUAAUGUAAACAAAAAUUCAAUUAUAUUCUAUGCUGAGUAAAUGUUAUUGGAUUCUUUAGCCCUCUAACACUUUUUUAUUGUUUUAACUUUUUCCAAUAUUUUAAGAUUGCUUUUAAUGUUAUAUAUGAACAUAUUAAUAAUAGAUAAUAAAUUCCUUUUGCUUUGAGAGCAAGAGAAAAUGAUGUUAUUUAACUUCAGAAGGCCACUUCCUCCUUUACAAACACUAAAUACUACGCGAUUCAUACCAUGGAGAUACUUGGCCUGAUUAAAGUUUUCUUAUUAUG